AUGAAUGUGAUCAAUAAUCCGGACAACGAUAAAACGGAAACAGUGAUCACAAUAGUGAGGGGCGAACACCAAUUCCUAUGGAAUCUAAACAUCGGCGACAACUAUACAGGAGUGGGAGAGCCGGCACACGUCGAUCAACACCAAGGGUUUCAGAUACUGACCAGAGUUGAGCUGUUGGAAGUGUUCAAUUGUAAUGACAGUGAAUGCGAUCAAAUGUACUCAAAAAUCAUCACUUUUUAUCGUAAUAACCGUAACAACAACUACAUGUAUAACUAUACGGAUCUGACCGAACAGAACACUGAGAUAAUUCCUCUGUCUAUGCCUAAUAACAUUCAUGUGACCGGAGAUCCCACCGAAGACUACGAGUACAACAUUUGGCCAAAGGAUUGGAUCAAUCAAACCAAUCCAUGCGUAGCCAUAGAUUACACGUCAAAACAAUUGUUAUACAUUAUGAAUGCCGACAAUUCAUCGCAACCCAAAACAGUAGUCAUGAGAGUGUCUAACAAUCCUUUCAAUCGGACGAACGUAAGCCGUGAAGAGCACGACAUUGGUGUCCAUUUCGUGGGCUUCUUCAACAUCGAUAGAUAUAAUCAUACGGCAAAUCUAGUGGUGGGCUAUAUUUAUGGUGUCACUUAUGAUCGGCAAACAAACACUUCCUAUGUAUAUGAAUACAGUACGAAUACACGACAGUUUGAACACUCAGGAAUGGAUUUCAAACGCUUUAUGAAAUGUCCGAAAGAUGAGACCAAUUCUCUAAUUGUUAUUAUAAUCUUUCUGGUGAUUGUGGCCGUUAUGGUAGUGUCUUGUAUAGCGUUUAUGGCGAUAGUGAUAAUUAUAUUGCAAACAAACUCCUCAAAUAAAAAACAAACAAGAGAUUAUUCGGAUGAGACCAAGAGUCGCGCCACAGAUCUAUCAACUGCUGUCAAAACUGUGCAAACAAUGCAUUCAGAGACCGGUGAGCACUUCACUCAAAGGAGUAUAACCACUAAGCAGUAA